UUUUAAGGUUUUCGCUAACCGUCAGUAAAAUCCCUUAGAACAAGAACAGGAGGAACAGACAGGUAGUUCUUCACACUGGCGACCUGUCCAGGUGAACCCCGCCUCUCGCCAGGUGAACGCUGGAUGAGGGAUUAGAGCAGUCUUCCUCUCCACCUGGGUUCUCAAGGGACUAAAGAGGAGCUUCAGUUCUGACAGCGACGCUGCAGAGACCCACAGACUGACCCACAGAGUGACUGACCCACAGACUGACUGAUCCACUCCUGACCCACUGACUGACCCACAGACUGACUGACCCACAGACUGACUGAUCCACUCCUGACCCACUGACUGACCCACAGACUGACUGACCCACAGAGUAACUGACCCACAGACUGACUGACCCACAGAGUAACUGACCCACAGAGUAACUGACCCACAGACUGACUGACCCGCAGACCGACUGACCCACAGAGUAACUGACCCACAGACUGACUGAUCCACUCCUGACCCACUGACUGACCCACAGAGUGACUGACCCACUGACUGACUGACCCACAGAGUAACUGACCCACAGAGUAACUGACCCACAGACUGACUGACCCGCAGACCCACAGACAGACCGACCCACUCCUGACCCGCAGACUGACUGACCCACAGACAGACCGACCCACUCCUGACCCACUGACUGACCCACAAAGUGACUGAUCCACUCCUGACCCACAGACUGACCCACAUACUGACUGACCCACAGACUGACUGACCCACAGACUGACUGACCCGCUCCUGCAAACAUGGAGCAGUACAGCAUCCUGGGUCGGAUCGGCGAAGGAGCACAUGGCAUCGUUUUCAAGGCCAAGCACAUAGAGGUAUCUCCAGCCAGGUGGUGUGUUGGGGGUUCUGGUUCUGGUUCUGGUUCUACAGGUGCUGAACUGGACUCUGUGUGUCAGACAGGAGAGACCGUGGCUCUGAAGAAGGUGGCUCUGAGGAAGCUGGAGGAGGGCAUCCCCAACCAGGCCCUGAGGGAGAUCAAGGCCCUGCAGGAGAUCCAGGACAACCAGCAUGUGGUGAAGCUGAAGGACUUCUUCCCCCACGGUACCGGCUUCGUUCUGGUCUUUGACUUCAUGCUGUCGGACCUCUCUGAGGUCAUCAGGAACUACCAGCGGCCCCUGAGCCCGGCUCAGGUGAAGGGCUACAUGAUGAUGCUGCUGCAGGGCGUAGCCUUCCUGCAUCACAACAACAUCAUGCACCGGGACCUGAAGCCCGCCAACCUCCUCAUCAGCUCCUCAGGUCAUCUGAAGGUGGCAGACUUUGGUCUGGCCAGGCUGUUCAGUAAUCAGGGGGAAAGGCUGUACAGCCACCAGGUAGCCACCAGGUGGUACCGAGCUCCAGAGCUGCUGUACGGAGCUCGCAAAUACGACGAGGGAGUUGACCUGUGGGCGGUGGGCUGCAUCUUUGGAGAGCUGCUCAACUCCUCUCCUCUGUUCCCCGGAGAAAACGACAUAGAACAGCUCUGCUGCGUCCUCAGAGUCCUGGGCACGCCUACACGGGACACCUGGCCUGAAAUGGUCGAUUUACCAGAUUACAACAAGAUCACCUUCAAGGAGAACCCCGCCAUCCCAUUGGAGGAGAUCGUCCCUGACACGUCUCCUCAGGCCAUCGACCUGCUCUACCACUUCCUGGUGUACCCGUCCAGGCAGCGCUGCUCUGCCACACAGGCUCUCAUCCAUCCCUACUUCUUCUCCACUCCUCUUCCUGCUCACCACUCGGAGCUGCCGAUCCCCCAAAGGGGGGGUUUCCCCCCCCGCCAGCGCCUCCAGGCUCCGCCCCCUGACUUCUCUGUAGACCUGCCCAAGGAGAACAGCGUGGUGAACCCCGCCCUCCUGCGGCCUCACGCCUCCUGCCUGUGAAGAGACGCAGCCUCUUUGUGGACAGAACUGAACCGAACUGAACCGAGGCGAACUGAGUCAAACUCAGUCCAGCUGAACUUAAUCCUACUGAACGGAAUCAAAGUGAUUCAAACUGAACUGAAUCAAAGUGAAUCCAAAUGAACAUUAACUAAACUGAACUGAACUGAAUCUAACUGAACUGAACUGAAUCCUACUGAACUGUAACUGAACUGAACUGUAACUGAACUGAAUCAAAGUGAUUCAAACUAAACUAACUGAAUUGAACUGUAACUGAACUGAACUGUAACUGAACUGGAUCAAAGUGAUUCAAACUAAACUAACUGAAUUGAACUGUAACUGAAUUGAACUGUAACUGAACUGGAUCAAAGUGAUUCAAACUAAACUGAACUGAAUCCUACUCAACUGAACUGAACUAAACUGUAACUGAACUGUCACUGAAGUUAAUUGAACUGAACUGUAACUGAACUGAAUCAAAGUGAUUCAAACUGAACUGAAUCCUACUCAACUGAACUGAACUAAACUGUAACUGAACUGCAUUGAACUGAACUGUAGCUUAAUUGAACUGAACUGUAACUGAACUGAAUCAAAGUGAUUCAAACUAAACUGAACUGAAUCCUACUGAACUGAACUGUAACUGAACUGGACUGUAACUGAAGUGUAACUGAACUGAAUUCAACUGUAACUGAACUGUAACUUAACUGAACUGAAUCAAAGUGAUCCAAACUAAACUGAACUGAAUCCUACUGAACUGAACUUUUACUGAACUGAACUCAGAGGGAUUCAAACUAAACUGCACUGAAUCCUACUGAACUGAACUGAACUUUUACUGAACUGUAACUGAAGUGUAUCUGAACUGAACUCAGAGGGAAUGAAGCAUGUCUGAACAGUC